AUGAUUGUCGCCCAGGCGUACUAUGCGAGGAACGCCGCCGUAGAAGCGGAUGGUCGUCGUCGGGAUGAUCAGCAGAGGUAUGAUUACUACUCGAGAGUUUCCGCACAGGCAGAGCUUCUUAGGCAGCAGCAGAGGCAGCAUAUCAAACCGGACGCCACUUCGACCCAGCCCGACCCUGUCACCUCUUACAGUCAGCCAAACAACCCCUACUCUCAAACAAGCACAACCGAACCGUCUCCCACCAGACUGCUCGAUACGCGACCUUCAUACCGCUCCCGGCGUUCUGCUCAAGCCAUCGCUCGUCUCAAGAAACUAGGCUACGACCCGCAGAGCCAUGUCUUUCCGCCGCCCGGCUGGAAACAUGUCCCACAGACCGACAGGACGGGUCUGAAUCAUGUUGGAUAUUUUCCUAUGGUGAAUAAUGCGGGCGUGCCGUUGCAGCGGGAGAAGGCUAGUAAGGGGAAGAAGAGGGAGCAAGAGAGUCGGGCGAAGGUUGAGAGAGAGGCGUGGUGGACAAAUACUACUAGCAGCGGGCAAUAA